GGAGUACAAUGUUGCAAGCAGUUUUAAAAUAUAGUAGUUAUGAACGUAGAAAUUUAUCCUAUUUUGCCACUUCUCUCUAUUUUAGAAUUGUAAUUCUGCUGUUUAUUGAUCAAAGCAAUGUGAAUGAUAUUGUAAUAUCAUAAAAUCAAUAUAAAAAAUAUCGAUAUGUUUUCUUAUGCAGUAAUGUUCUUAGUCGGUAUUUAGUAAAAGCUCACUUCCGUAAACAUGAGAAUAUUGUCAGUGUCACGACUGUGCAGAUUUUGUGGGGGAAAUAGACACUAGAUGAAAAUUAAGUAGCUUUUUCACCAUGGAAAGGAGCCAUGACAAUGGUCAUGUGCAUGUGAUCAGAUUUCCAUGGCGACGAGAUAUUGGGAGGAAUGUAGAGGCGGAUCCAGUGAAGCCAGGGGAGUAUACUCUACAGACUCUGUUCCUACAGUUCUGUUCCCUAGCAGAGAAGAAAGUGGAGCAGGUUGUAGCAGAGCCAUUGGAGAAGCCUUUAGCAAAGUCCUUACAGAGAGGAGAAGACUCGCAGUUUGAUCAGAUUUUGGGGGCUAUGGGUAUUGUAGCCGAGCAGAGUCUGCCUUCCAUUCUACAGAGUCUGUUCGCUUGGUUUGAAAAACAGAACAUGAUAGAAGAAUCAUCUCAGCUUGAUGCAAGACAGAGACAUAGGAGUAAAGGGAGCAAAGACUUCCUGUGUGAAAGAAGAGAUUUGGCAGUGGAGUUUGUGUACUGUUUAGUACUUAUUGAAGUUUUAGCUAAGCUGAAUUUCCACCCUGGCUAUGAAGAACUAGUGGUGUACAUAAUAAAACAGGCCUUCCGACAUUUCAAGUACAAGGAUGGGAUACAAGCGAAUCCAAACUCGCAGAACAUUGGUGUUGUUGCUGAUCUGUAUGCUGAGGUCAUCGGAGUGCUUGCUCAGUCAAGAUUUCAAUCUGUUAAAAAACAUUUUGUGACUGAGUGGAAAGAACUUAAGCUUAGAGACCAGACUCCAUAUACAGCACAGAGCAUCAUUAGCCUGCUGAAUGGACUCAAGUACUUCCGGGUCAAGAUGCAUCCAAUCGAAGAAUUUGAGGCUUGUGUUUCCUUCCUUCAUGACCUUGGUCAUUAUUUUCUGGAUGUCAAGGACAGAGAAAUCAAGCAUGCUCUGGCUUUAUUGUUUGUGGACAUCCUCCUCCCAGUGGCAGCAACAGCUAAAAAUGAGGUGAAUGUCCCCGUCUUGAAGAAUUUGGUGGAGAUGUUGUAUGCCCCUGUGGUGGACAUGACCACAAAAAAGAAGCACUCAAAUCAAGUUUUCCCACUGGUGACCUGCCUUCUGUGUGUCAGUCAGAAACAGUUCUUCUUGACCAACUGGCCAUAUUUCCUGACCACUUGUUUGUCCCACUUAAAAUCCAGGGACCCUAAGAGCUCUAGGAUGGCCCUGGACUCGCUUCAUAGACUUCUUUGGGUUUACAUGGUGAGAAUCAAAUGUGAGAGUAACAGCGUCACCCACAGUCGUUUGCAGAGCAUCUUCAGCAGUCUGUUUCCCAAGGGGUCAAAGGUCGUCACACCUAAAGAUGUACCUCUUAAUUAUUUCGUCAAAAUGAUCCAGUUUAUUGCCAAGGAAAGGCUGGAUUUUGCCAUGAAGGAAAUCAUUUUUGAUCUGCUGUGUGUUGGGAGACCUGCCAAAAUAUUUCUGUCCCAUGGACCCGAGAGGAUGAGUAUUGGUCUGCGGGCUUUCCUUGUGAUAGCAGACAGUUUACAACAGAAGGACGGGGACCCGCCCAUGCCUCAGUCACAGGCGACUCUCCCCUCAGGGAGCACAGUCAGGGUCAAGAGAACAUUUCUCAACAAGAUGCUGACAGAUACCACAGCCAAGACUAUUGGAAUCGCCCACUAUUACCCCCACAUCCUGAAAGCAUUUGAUUCCAUGCUUAGGGCACUGGAUCUACAAGUGGGCAGACAACUCCUGCAGACCAAAAUAGAAAAUGUGGGCAAAGAACCCGAAGUCCUAAUGGGAGGAGAGAGAAAAGCAAAGAUUGAGUUGUUCCGAACUUGCAUCGCAGCCAUCCCUCGACUGAUCCCAGAUGGAAUGUCGGCUAUGGAGCUUGUGGAGAUGCUGAACAGACUGACGGUACAUGUGGAUGACACACUGAAAGGCCACGCCUUCCAAGCUCUUCAGAACCUAAUGUUGGAGUCACCUUCCUGGAGAGAAAAUGUUAUUAGAGGUUUUGUGAUGUUUAUACAAAAGGAGAUCAGUGAUGUGACAAACCAGCUAUUGGACAGCUCCUUGCGUCUGCUGAUGCAGCUCCUGGUUCAGUGGAAGGCCAGCAUGAACAUGAACUACAAGGAUAAGAAUGCAGGAGAUGGUAAUUAUAAUGUGCCAUUGGUGAGACAGGAAGUGACUGAUCUGAGCGUGCUCCAUGAGGUGGAAGGACUAGCUUUGGUUAUGAUGUGCAGUGCAAGAGUUGUCACUCGGAAACUGGCAGUUCAUCUACUCAAAGAAGUCCGCAACAUCUUUAACUCUGCCAAUACACAGGGGAGUUUUGAACCUUGCCUCCUGGAGAUGAUUGACAGGUCUUGUGGUGAUAUCAUAAAGAGGCUAUUACCAUCUCUCCCUCACUCAGAAAAGUCUUUGAUAAUGACUUCAUCCAACAUUGACCUGACCUGGAUUAUUGACCGUGCAGCCUCAGUUUGGAACCCCACAAACAUUGACCCCAAGAUGUCCGAGCGGCACUGGUCAGCUGGAAAGGUCAGUCCCUGGAUGAGGUGUGUAGCCAUGUUUGUGUCCAGUGACUUUGGAAUGACCGUUUGUCCACAUGCAGUGGGAGCCUCCUGGCCAAUCGUGUUCUCCAGACUUAGUAACGUCUACGCAUUACUAGAGCCCAGUACAAUGAUUAACGAAAACCGCACCUCCCUCUUACGAUCUGGCACGUCCAACAAGAAGCCGACCACGGAGAAGGACCUUGUGAUGGAAUUGUGGCAGAAUUAUGUCAUCCUGGCCUGUGCAGUGGCUCAGAAAGGAAUUCCCCCACAGUUUAGAUGUGCAUCACCAGAUCCAGGAUCAUCCCCUGACAGUGCUGGUGGAGACAGCAUCAAGAACAGUAACUCCUGCUCAGCCACAGCCCUGUUCCAGAUGUUGAUUCCUCUAAUGAAGUGUGAAAAUAUUGACAUGAGAGACACCAUUGUUAAUGGUUUAGGGUACACCAACCCGGCAGUCUUCAGGGAACUAAUGGAUGAGUUGGUGGGUUAUCUGAAGGAAGCCAUUGAUAGAAAGGAGGGAAAUUUCAAGCGCAGAAGAAAGAAGGACGUCCUGAGAGUGCAGCUGGCUCAUAUAUUUGAACUGAUGGCUGCAAACAAGACCUUUGCCCAAGCGGACUCGGGAGUGAUUGAUAAAGAGGAACACUGCCUUAACAAGAUGUUUGUAGAGUACAUUGACGGGGCUCGUCAGUACCUGGAGAGCGAGAGUGACAGGAAUCUGCCUGAUUUACAGGACAUCAGGCUUCACUUCAGUCGAUUUGUACGGGAACUCAUCAGUAAUACGCCAAUGGAGUAUAAACGUACUUUGCUGACCAGAGACCUGAGGUACAGUCUAUUCCACCUGUUUGGGAAUUGGAGCGGGAAAUUUAGCCACACUAUGGGUGAUUCUACAGACAGAAGAGUCUCCAAGGAGGAGAUAACUGUGUUGGAGUUGUCUGCUGUAAAAGCCAUGUCCGCUGUCUUGUGUUGCGGACCCGUGUUUGAUCCGAACGGUCUAAACGACGACGGAUACAUCUACCAAUGGGCCCACAUGCUGCUCAGUUCUCAUGAGGACAGGAUUUAUGAGCUGGCCAAGGAAACAGUGGUGCUCUUGUUGGAUUUUAACCCUGACACCAGCGGACUGCUGGAUUGGGUGAUUGAUCGUUGUUACACAGGGGCUUAUGAAGUGGCAGACGGAUGCUUCAAUGCCCUCGCGGCAGUCUUCCAAUCAAAAGAGUAUCCUUGUGACCAUGUGGCCAUGUUAAACCUUGCCCUGCUGAACGUGGGAAGCCCGCGGAUGCAGACCCACGAGACUGCGGUACAACUGCUUCAUCUCCUUGACACACGCUUCUUCCAGGAACCGGUCUUCUACACAGAAUCCACGGCCGAGGAUGUUAAUACCGCACGUCUGCCAUUAAACGACAUCUUCCUCUCUGUGUCUUACUGCCAUGCUCAGAUGAGUUUGUCUGAACAACUUGCCAAAUUCCAUCCAGAAAUCACGCUGGAUAUGUUUUCUGAAAUAACUCACCGAUUCCAGACAGCCAAACCAUCAGUCAGACAAACACUGCUUAGGUAUCUGUUACCAUGGUUACACAACAUGGAGUUAGUGGACCCCUCUCUGCCUCAGGCCAGUCCACUGAGUAACUUCCUGACUCGUCUCCAUGACAACCAGGUGGAGACCUACAAACCCCCACUGAAGGGUGAAGGGUGGGGUUCCCCAGAGGCCACAAAAAUGGUGCUGAACAACCUGUUUUACAUCACUGUCAAGUUUGGAGAUGAUCAUUAUCGAGAGAUAGAGGAGCUGUGGGCAGCUCUGGUUAUUGGUUGGCCAAACAAUUUGAGGGUCAUCAUCCACUACCUUGUCAUCUUAACCAAUAUGGCUGCUGCUGAACUAUUGCCAUUUGCAAAGAGAGUUGUGAGUUACUUGGGGCGAGCUCGACCUGAGCGUUUGGUUGAUGAGCUAAUGAAUGAGUUACAGACCGUUGAAACACUCAACAUGACAAUUGAGCGCACUCAGACGCCCCCGUAUUUCAGACUUUCUCAGAUAAAGCGUAACCCCAUCACUGUCAACACGACAGACGAUGAAAAAUUGGAGACACAUCCUGGUGAUGCUCCACUGGAGAAGGGAACUCUUCACACCAAAAGACACAGCGCCAAUGAAGACUUGCCAAGCGACAGUACACCGCAAACGGAGUCCACCACUUCCCUGCGAAGUGUGUCCAGUACAUCGUCAUCACAAGAUCAGUUCCUACUGGAUGAGGAAAUCCAUCUGCCCGGCCCCUCGCCUGCUAGGGCCUCGGAGAACAGACGUAGUGAAUCGCCUGUCCCUUACCCUCUACCCAUGCCAGCCUAUGGGGGAUACUUUGCUCCUCUGUCAGAGUACCUGCCAGAGAGUCUUCAUCCCACCCCAGGAUUUCAUCGGAGCAACAUAGCAGUGAUGUUUUUGUCGGAUCUGGUGUUGGAUGGUCUAGAGAUUGACUGGUCGGCUCAUUUGCCGUUAAUGUUACAUGUCAUUUUCUUAGGGUUGGACCACAUGAGAGCCAUGGUGUAUGAACACUGUAAAAAACUGUUAGAGAACCUGAUCCUCUUGGCCUCAGCGCAGGAAGGUCAGAAUAUUGCCAGGAUGUUACUGGGUUAUCGUAGUAACAUCUCUGACACUCUUAAACUCAUAGCCGAGGACAGAGAAGGGCCUGGAAUUCUGGAGAGCAGCACAGAGGAUCCAAUCUCUAGGUCCACCAUUAGUGUGGAGAGCAGGGACAGCAACCAGACGCUGAUUCCUGAUGUUGCCAUAGCAACAGAGCAACUUAGUGACCCAGAUUCAUUUAACACAGUGGAAGAUAUUGUCAAAGCUAUUUUGGAUUUCAUGGAGAGCAGACGGGGUCGCCCGCUCUGGAGCUGUGAAGACAUUACACCAAGAACCUUGAAAACACAGAGCGCAUAUCAACUCGAGUUCUUCCUGAAGUGUGUGGUCAAGUGCUUCAAAGAGUUGUCUCCCAUUGCCCUUGUUGAACAGAGAUGGUCACAUGUUGCCCUGCAGCUGGCUUUGUCGUGCUCCUCCAGACACUAUGCUGGAAGAUCUUUUCAGGUGCUGCGAGCUCUGCACAUCAGGCCUACCACCCAAAUGUUGUCAGACAUCUUGUCUCGUUUAGUGGAGACGGUGGCAGAACAGGGAGAGGACAUGCAGGGUUAUGUCACAGAGAUUAUUCUAACACUAGAAGCUGCUGUUGACAAUUUGGAUAUCGAAAUGCGUCCCAUAGACUACAUGAGAGAGAUUUUUAUGUCAACUCCAAACUUGGCCAAGGAGUACACAGAGGGUAGAAAAGGGUCACUAAUGGCCCCACGACAAGCUAUUCCCCACCACGCACGCAGCACAAGUUACUCUGUGACUGGUCCCCCACACAGAUCAACACACCUUGACCUCCGGUUCCGAGCCAGUACAGACAUAGACAGACUGAGAUCCAAUAUUCCCCGCUCCAGAAGUGCCCAGUCUUUAAAGAAUGCUGACCAGGGUGGGACAGAGGACAAACUGACCAUUGUAGCCCAGAUGUUUUGGAUAGCUGUGUCCCUGCUCGAGUCAGAUUACGAGUAUGAGUUUCUGUUGGCUGUGCAGCUUUUACAGAGAAUUCUUCAGCAUAUUCAGCCAGAGAGAUCUGAGUGUCGGGAGAGGCUGGAGAAAAUCCAGCAGCAAAUCAAGUGGACCAACUUCCCAGGGGUCCAAACUCUACUGCUCAAGGGUUUUACUUCCUCUGUGACGAUGGAAUCUGUGUGGUCCUUGUUGUCACGGUUGACAAUCAGUAUUGCUGCCCCUGUGGUGGACCCCACAGAAAUCCUGGGCUUCCCUAUAAAUGUGAUAGCAUUAUUGCCUGUUCUUGUCCAGAAUUAUGAAAAUCCUAGUCAGAAGUGUCGAGAUGCGGCAGACCAUAUAGUGCAGAUUUGCUCCCAGAAGUCUGAGCGGCUGAACAAUCUGGGGACCGUGAUGUCGCUUUAUAGUCGGGGUACAUUCGGUAAGGACAGCUUCCAGUGGACCAAGUGUGUGAUUAAGUACGUACUGGACGUGUACGCCACAGCCAGCCUCAGUAUGAUCAGCUUCCUGGUGGAGGUUUUAGAGAAGGGACCGAACAGCUACCAGUCGUCCGUGUUCCAGAUUUUACAUUGUAUGGUGCACUACAUUGACAUAAGUUCUCCGUCGUCCUCCAUCCUGAACUCGGAGCUCGUCCAGGUCAUCAGUAGACAUGUCGAGGGUUCUCACUGUAAAGAGGCUCUGAAAAUCCUGAAGUUGGCUGUCACUCGAUCAUCCACCCUGGCGGCGGCCCCUCUAACUACCACCAGCACCACCAGCCACGACUACAACGUCCCAGUGACUCACACCUCAUUCGCAGAGGCGGAGAUGUUUCUGAUCAAAAAGGAGUUACCAGGUAGGACCCUGGACUUUUCUGUGGAUAUAGGUACAGUGCCUAUUGUUGGUCGUAAUUAUAUCAACACAGAUAUACACGGCCCUCUUACUGCACAGCCCGCCUCACAGGAAGUUCCAACCUCACCCACCCGGAAAAGUUCGGGAGAUGGGGACUCCUGCUGGAGAAAACCACAAAGUUCACAGCCCCGUGUACGUGAGAGACUAGCUGAACUACUGACAUGCUAUGGACAGAAACGUCUCCCCAAGAGUCCCUCAGAUACUGUUAUUAAUAAGGUAAGAGAGGCCAUUGGAACUCGGAGCAGAAACAGGGAGACAAGGCUGGUCAUAUUCAGCCAAUCGAGUGACACUUUAGAUCACCAGCAGAGUGUGGCUUCUAGUGGUGAAGAGACGUCCACUGCGGAUGGUGGAUCUAGUGACAUCAUGAAUGAACCCAAUGUGAAUGAUAUUAACCUAACCAUUAAAGGGUUUGACUUCCUUAACGAGGAGGACUCAGAGGACAAUGACUAUUAUUCGUCAUUGGAUACCAUCAAGCCAUACACCAUGAUGUCGAACAGAGAGACAUUGCCCACACGUCCCUAUGGCAGCGUGCCAGACCUUAAGCUUCUGGACAGCCUCUCAAACUCUGAGAAAGUGGUGUCACCUAGUGACAGUAUCAGUCUCAAAGAGGAGAGAAUGUCUGAUGAUGAGUCAGAGGCUAAUGAGGAGGACAGGCUGCCUGCGAGUUUACCAGGGGGGACAACCAUUGUUUUACAGAACCCUUGUCUGGACAACAUUCGCCCUAACAGCCCAGAUACAACAUCUACUCACAGUCUCCACAGUGAAAGUGACCUUGACCUAGUUGAUAUUGGGUCUAAUUCCACCUCCCCCAGCUUUUCCCAGACCAAGGAUACGUUUGUGUUCAUGACGCUACAGAAUGAUGAGGUGGAAGACGUGUGGAAGACCCACAUUACAAACGUGAUGUCACAAUCCUCCGCUGUCCUCACCGUCAAGACUUCGCAAAUUUUCCCCAGGCUGUACAGGGAACUUCGACGGCGCCUUGACACUAUGAUAAAAGAAGCUUGUUAUUACAUCUCCAAGACGGAGUCGCUGAAACAUAUGGCAACACAGUUCAGACAGAUAAUGGACAUGAUUUUUCUACACAUGGAGUGCCCCUUCUUCUACGUGGAUGCUGAUACUUUGACAGGAAGUAGGACGGUGGAGAAACACAAGUUCAGUGUGCUAGAGAUCCAGGAGUAUUACGAGACAUACUCCAUGAGGAAGGAUCUGGCAGAACAGAGUCUGGAAGUGAUUAAGUCAUCCAUUAAGCAGGAGUCCCUGGGUGAUGGAGGUCAAGGAACCUCAAUCUGCAGUACUGACCAGAAACUAGAGCUGUGCACCAAGUUGUAUCGGGUGAUCUUCCAGCUGGUGUCCAUGUUUGAGAAUUUUGUGAAGCUGAUGGACACCUUCCGUUCUGUGACAUCAUCUCCACAGAUUGCAGACAUGUCCCUCCAGGUGUCGUCCUUGAGAUCCGAGGUUUCUCAGGCUCUACAGGAGAUGGAGAAUGGCCAGGUGUCCCCAAUAAACACAGACUCCAGCAAAAUCAUCACCAAAGCGGAGGCGGUUACCAGUUUACUGGAGUACAUCAAUGGGCACCAGUUUGUCAAGGCCAUCCAGCUCUUGAGGUCAUUUAGGUGUAAUUGGCCUGGUGACAUCUUUGGACAGACAAGUGAUGAUGAUAUCAUUGCCCUGCUGAAUAUUUACUGUGCCUCACAAGCAGAGAAACGAACAGGUUUGUUCGUCCUGAUGGGGUUGGAUAUAGACUUGGGACUCAUUAAGAGCCAGCUAAUGCAGCUGAACAUCCAGAUGAGGGGGAGGUCGUCUUCAGUGCCCUCCCUGACCCCCCGGACUCCGGAGGAGGAAGCCCAGCAGGAUUCCAGCUCCUUAUGACUAGAACACCUGGGAAAGAUGUCGUUUGUGUGAAGAACUGAUCAGAAAUCGCUAUCUCCUGAACUUUCUUUGAUGUUGGAAUUUUCUAUUUCAUGUGGAAAUUAUCUUUUUAUUGAAUUCUCAUAACCAUCUAAACAUAUACAUGUAACUUACUAAGGAAUCAUUAUAGCUGAAAUGUAGGAUUUUUUGUAAACUUUUUGUCAUGAUGAAAUAAUAAUUUUCUGGAAAUCACCAUGUUUAUAUGCAAAUAAUCUUAAUCAUGAUAUUAAAAUUAUUAAGGAACUAAUCCAAAUAGCCAUGAUUAAUUACUAUGGAACUAAUUCUACUGAUUAUACACAAAUGAUAUCUUUCCCAGUGGUCUUCAGCAGUCCUGGUGUAGUGAAUUGUUGUAGGUGUAGUACAUACAACGCACUCGCACUCGUUGUAAAGGUGAUGUUCACGCAUGUUUCAGUGACAGGAUUUGCUGAUUGACCACAUGGAACAGGAAUUUUUAUUGUACAUAGAAGCCUUAAUGUACCAUGAAUAUUGUGUUAGUUGUGGGGCCUUUUCUAUACCACAUCGUAUGUUUUAGAUUAAUUAGACUGUUCUUUUUGUAAAAACUCGGUAUCACUUCAGCGUUUAGUAUUUCAAUUUUAUCGGGUACUGAGGUUGUUUUGUACUCUGACCAAUGGCGGCAUUGAAUAUUUUGUGCUAGAUAUGUUGUAUGUUAUGAUGAAUUUGCAUAAUACAAUAAUAUUUAUAAUUUAUUUGCUAGUAUGUACAUUAUUAUGAAUUUCAUUUGGUAGUGCUUACUUCUCUCUCUCUCUCUGAUAGUGCUGAUUUUUCUCUCUUUCUAAUGAUAAUAAAAUGUUAAUGAGAGUAACUGAGAAUUACCAUGAAAUGUGUCAUAGAAAAUGUCAAACCUCAACAGUGGGUGAAGCUUGCGUCGCAAAGCGACACAUGUGAGUCACAUGAUCUGUACUUCAUCAACUGAUGAGGAUAACCCCAAGGUGCUCUGGAAAAAUGUCGCAGUCACAUGAUCCUUCUUUGAAAAAUCCAGAUUACAUAAAUUGUUUGUAAAACAGACAUUUUUUAAUAACCUUCUCAUAACUUUCUACAUUUUGUUCUCAUACUUUCCUAUGUAUUGUUCUAAUUAUGGUGUCACAAUGUACCAUUUACAUCAAGCAAGUUAUAUUUCCUGUGUUAAAUGAAUAGGUGGAUCAAAUCUCUAAAGUCGUGUUGCAAGAUGUUCGAAAAUAUUACACUACACAUACUGUGCGCUUUUAAGUACAAACUAAUCAAUAAAUAGUUGUGUAUUACUGAAUGAGUUACUGAUUAUCAAAACGAUAAAAACACAGGCACUCCACGUUUUAGAUUUCUAUAAUAAAAAAAAAAAGUCUUCCUGUAAACAAUGAAUAUUAUGUUUACAGGAAGACAAUUUUUUUUAAUUACAGAUAUCAAAACGUGGAGUGCCUGUGAAUAAAAAGUAGACAUUCUUUCUUGUGGAAUUCAAAAAUAUAGGAGAGCACGGAGACUGAAAUUAUUUUACAAACCAGAAGAUGGACUGUCGUUCAUAUAUUCUUUUGUGUUUAGAUACAUGUAGAUCUUCCCUCGAGUAGUUCUUGGUGUGCUAUUGUGUUUAAUAGUUGAAUGGUAUUAUUUAAUGCAAUACAGCAUUAGUAAAUAAAGUUGGCUGUUUUAAACAUAAUUUUCUGGUUUAUAGAAACAUUACACUCUUUAUGUGUAGUAAUCAAACAUUUCGGGAAUUUUAUAUUGCAAUAAAAAGACUUGCAUUGCUGUGGGUGAUUUCUUUAUACAUAACUUUUAUAGGACACAAUACUCUGGCUGUCCCAAACAUUUUUCUAGUUAGUGUGUAGAGGGUCCUUCAUAAUUUUCAGUUUUAUAUGAUGUAAACGCUGUACAGUUUAUUUAGAAGCUACAGUAACAAUAUUUACCUGAAAUAGUGUUAUGAUUUUUUGCACAGUAAUUAAAACCACAUGUGUAAUUUCAUUACAGCUAGCAUGCAUCUUUCUUGCUUAUGUUUGAUCUAUAAACCAUUCAGCAUUUUCAUUGUACGAUUUAGAUUAAAACAAUUUAUUGUAUAUUUUUGGAAUGUGUAAUAUGGAAAUAUCAAUAAAUAUUUAAAUAAA